AUGUCUGCAUUAAACAACUUUUUAGAAAUUGUCGAAAACCGUCGUACCAUUUACAAUCUAAAACCAGAAUUGACCGCAGGUGUCACCAUUGAAGAUGUUCAAAAGACAGUUCAAUCCAUUGUCAAGAACACUCCAACUGCCUUCAAUUCUCAACCAAACCGUGCUAUCAUCUUAACCGGAGAAGCACACAAGAGUCUUUGGAACACUGUUGCUGCAGCAAUGCCAUCCGAUGGUGCCAAGAUGAGACCAACUUCAUGUAGAGAUGAAGCUUAUGGUUCCGUUAUUUUCUUCACAGAUGAUAAAGUUACAGAAAAACUACAAGCUGAUUUCCCAGCAUUCGCAGAUGCGUUCCCACAAUGUGCCCAACAUACUACUGGUGCUGCUCAAAUCAUGUCAUGGGCCGCAGUCGAAGCAUUAGGAUUAGGUGGUCAUCUACAACAUUACAAUGGAUUAGUUAAGGGUGCCUUACCAAAGGAUAUCCCUGAAUCUUGGAGUGUUCAUUCUCAAUUAGUCUUUGGUGCUAGAAAUGGUGAACCUGAUAACAAGACUUACAUUCACAACCCAAUUAAGAUCUAUAAUUAA